UCCCCGUCAUUAAGGUGCCCCCCCACAGCCAGGUGAACGGGACAGGCAGCAGCCUGGUGUUCCUGUGCGAGGUCUUUGCGUUCCCCAUGGCUCUGGUGGAGUGGAGGAAGGAGGGCCGGGACGUGGUCCUGCCCGGAGACGACCCCCACAUCUCCGUCCAGUCUCGGGGAGGUCCUCUGAAGUUCGAGGUCUCCAGUUGGCUGCAGAUCGAGGGGGCGGGGCCAGAGGACUCGGGGACCUAUCGCUGCGUCGCCCGUAACAACGUGGGAUCAGUGUCGGCCUCCGCUGUACUGGGAGUACUGGGAGCAGAGGAGCUGUCGUCCUACCUGGCCAAUAGCGCAGUCAGAGAUGAAGCAGCUGAUGGACGCCACAGACUACGAUCAGACUUUUACUGA